UGAUAAAUUCGCGAUCAGCUGUCUUGUUGUCACAACUGGAAUAAAUUUCAAUGAGUGCUGCAGUGGAUAUGGACGAAAUAAAGAUCUCUGUUGCGACGGUUGACGACAGCGAGCGACUCUUGAAGUUCCUCCAUGUUCAUUACUACCGAGAGGAGCCGUUAACCGUCGGCUGCGAGCCGCCGGAACCAGAUGCAGCCGAUGAGAAUUUUCUGCUCUCCAAUCUUCCGCAUGGCACCUGUGUGAUGGCGAUGCACGAGGGACGCAUUAUAGGCGCGGGUGUGGCUGGUCCCAAGAUGCCCGACGAGGCGGACCAUUUGUUCGAAGAAGCCGAACGCUUAGCGGGCAGCAAGUGGGGAUGCAUUUUGGGAUUGCUGGCGAUUGUGGAGCGCGAUGCCAACGUUUUUCAACGUUACAACGUGAACAAAGCAUUGCAUGUGCAUGCAAUCGGGGUGGACUCAUCCCUUCGUGGUCGUCGUAUCGGUGAACGCAUCGUUACAGCUCUGGCUGCCCGGGGACGAGAACUAGGCUAUCCAGUAUUCACCUCCGACUGCACGAGUGUCUACUCAGCCCGCAUGAUGAAGCGCUUGGGCUUCGAGCUGCUCAACCGAAUGCCCUACACUGACUACGUAGAUGCCGCGGGAAAGCAACUCAUCAAACCCCCCGCACCGCACGAGUUCGUGGAAACCUACGUGCUGCGAUUGUAAUAGAUUCUACUACACAUGUGCAUUUCUCUAUUUCUGUGUGUUUCUGUUUUCGAAGUAACGUAUUAUCAUCCAAAUUCCAAGAAACUGUAAUCUAUAACUGUUUACGAUGCAUAUGUUAGUCAACCUACGUAUACUAUGUAUUUGUAUACACACUUUAUGAUUAUGAGUGUUCUUUCGCAUUUAUUACGGAUGAAAAUAUUUAUCAACUCAAUAUAUGUACAUAUAGUAUAUGUAAUUUUGACAUACGAUCAUGAUUAAACAUAUUAACAAAUGUA